CAAGGUAAAGCCGUCGCGCCGACCGCUUAUUACCGCAGUGUUCGUCGGACCGCUACACCACGCAGACGCGUCGCGGCCGCACUCCUCGCCUCGCCACGAUCUAAAUCACGCGGAAAUUUAACGCAAACUAAAAUUAUCUUCCAAAAACUAUUACGCUUAUAAAAUUGCACAUCUAACCCGCUGGGUACCUCUCUACGUGCAUGCUGAGAUUUAUUAGAAGUUUCUUCAACAUGAAGCCACCAGUUAACGCUGCUCUCCUCCACGAUGUGGACAUCCCGACGAAGAAAGCCACUUUCGGUAUGGGAUGCUUCUGGGCCAACGACUCCCUGUUCGGAGCCACCCUCGGAGUUAUCCGGACUCGAGUCGGCUACUCGGGAGGCACUACUAAGAACCCAAUUUAUAGAAACAUUGGCGACCACACAGAAGUCAUCGAACUGGACUAUGACCCUAAGACGGUGACAUACGAGCACCUUUUGGACAUGUUCUGGGCCAACCACGAGUAUGGACUGACCACCAAGCUAAAAAGACAGUACCAAUCAAUGAUUCUAUACCACGAUGAGGAGCAGCGAUUGGCAGCGGACGCCUCUUACAAAGCGACACAGGAGCGAGUCAACGAACCACUGCGCACUGAGAUCGCACCAGCGGGCACCUUCUACCCUGCUGAGGAUUACCACCAGAAAUACAGAUUGCAAGGACACAAGGACCUAUGCAAAAGUUUGGGCCUGAACGCCGAAAAAUUGCAGACAUCACACGUAGCGGCCAGACUCAAUGGCUACCUAGUGGGAAUGGGAGGCAAGGCCCAAUUUGAGAAGGAAGUCCAAAGUCUGGGCUUGACUGAGGAGCAGGCUGCAUACGUAAGGCGAGAACUGGAGCGUAACGAGGGUGGCGGUCUGUCUUGCUAGCGGAUACAGGGUUUAAUAGUAAACGAUCUUUUAAGGCGUUUUCAAAUCCAGUAAAACAUUUUUAACUUUAAUAUGUAUUAUUUUACAACAAUAUUGAAAAUGAUACAAGCCUUUUGUGUAUUAGGGAUAGUGGAUCAGAAGGGACCCAGUACGGUUGAUGCCUACCGAGCUGUGAAUACCUAGCGGGCUUACCGGGGCUCCGGCUCCAAAAGCAGGAGUCGGAACGGGGUGGUUUUUAAUCAUUAAGAGUCUGACACUCCCUCUCGCCUCGCCUAAGGUGGAAGAAGUUGGAUGAUUUUCGUCUCUCAAAAAAGGGAUAGUGGAUAGAAAGCUCCAAUCCAACAAUAGUUAGUUUUUAACAAUUUUAUUCCUUCUGUUAUAAACCAUUUCCCAUACGUUAGGGAUGUCUGACAACUUAAUUUUAACUUGCAUUGUAAAAUAUUAAUUUAAAUACAAAAUAUCUGAAAACGCCUUACUAGAUGUUUAUUUUGAGUAAAUACUAGACUACUAGUUUAGUAAAUAACUAAAUAUUUUUUAUUUUAUUGUGAUAUUAAUGUCAUAGAAAUGGACUAUAUUUUUAUUAUGAAGUUCAAAUAACUUGUGUCAUUUACAUUACAGUGCGGAGAUCAGCACAGCAUUUGUUUUAUUAAUUGUAAUUUACUUCUAGUUUUAAGUAAAUGUGUUUUUAAUUAUCUACAAUUUUUGUUAAUGGAUUAUGUCAUUGUUAUAAUGGUUUGGACCAUCAAAGUCUUUAAUAGCCAAGAAAUUAAUACAAAUUACAUAAACACAGUAUUAAGUUUGAUAUUUUUGUGCAAAUAGAUCAUUUUAAUGUUAUCUCACUGACGCGGGAAUGUAUCGUGUCUAUUGAUAUGUUUAGUGAUAUUAAGAUAAAUGUAUUUUCUCACA